CCAUACCAGCACCCUUAUCACCGCCAUACACCAUACUAGCAUCCUGAUCACCGCCAUACCAGCAUCCUGAUCACCCCAUAUGCCGUACCAGCAUCCUGAUCACCACUAUUCCCCAUACCAGCAUCCUGAUCACCUCAUAUGCCAUACCAGCAUCCUGAUCACCUCCAUACCUCAUACCAGCGUCCUGAUCACCACCAUACCUCAUACCAGCGUGCUGAUCACCGCGAUACCCCAUACCAGCAUCCUGAUCACCACCAUAUCUCAUACUAGCGUCCUGAUCACCACCAUACCUCAU